UAUUUUUAUUUUAUUUCAAUUCAGGGUUCUUAGUUACUUUAAACUGAAUAAAUUUGAGCGAUGGGAUAAGUAAGUCAUAAUUCAUUGGUUGAUUGUAUCAUUAACUAUUUCUUUAUUUUUUUGUUUUGGUGCGAGGGACUUAUCAUGAAUCCAAUUAUUUCUGCCGCUUCCGUUAUUGCUGCUGGAUUGGCCGUAGGGCUUGCUUCUAUUGGACCAGGAGUUGGUCAAGGUACUGCAGCGGGACAAGCUAUGGAAGGGAUUGCGAGACAACCAGAGGCAGAGGGAAAAAUACGAGGUACUUUAUUGCUUAGUCUGGCUUUUAUGGAAGCUUUAACAAUUUAUGGACUGGUUGUAGCAUUAGCACUUUUAUUUGCGAAUCCUUUUGUUUAAUCUUACAAAGAAAAA